UAUAUUUUCAAUCAAAAUCAUAAAGCAAAAUUUCAAAAAAAAAAAAAGGGAAGAAUGAUACAGAAUUCUGCUUCAUUCGAUGAAGAUGAAAUCGAAGUGUCCAAUAUUCUGCUGAAUCUAAAAGACCUAAUUGAAGAAUCGGAGUCUCGUUCUAAAAGGAGAAGAUGUGAUAGAAAUUUAGGUUUUAAUUCACCGUCGCCUAAUUUCGUCCAGAGGAAUUCUCAAGUUGAAGAAGAUGAAAGUGGUGAUGUUGAAAUUGAGCCUAAAUUUGCUAAAUUAAAAUUAGAGAAAACAAACCCAAAUCAAAUAAGUAGAAGUAAAGCAAAGACAAGAGAGGAGUUGACGUGUAAUAUAGAGAAGUUGACUCAAUGCAGAGAAUUGCUAAGAGGGGAGUUGAAGAAGGUACAAAGUUAUUACAACAACCAAAAAGCUUAUAAUCUUGAGUUAAAAGCAAUUAGAGAAAAGGUAAUGACGCACUUGAACGGACAAGAAGCAGAGACCAGCCAUAUGUUACAGUACCCAAUGGGCUCCUCAUCUGCUUAUGGAUUAGGCUCUGUGAACCAUACAGGCUCAAUAGGAAUUCAGUACCCAAUGGGCCAACUUCCACAAGCAAAGCCCAUGUUCUCAUCUGCUAAUGGACUGGGCUUUGUGAACUAUACAGGCCCAGUAGUAGGUAUUCCUAAUCACACAGUGUCUCCGUUUGAGCAUAACAGAGACAUUGCUGAAAGAAAGCCCCAAUAUACAGAAGCUAGGAGGAAGAGGAGGAUAUGAUUAGAAAAGAAAUUAAAAUAUCAUCUGGUUUUAUAAGACCACCAAAGAGAUAGAUAAUUAGAUUUUGUGUAAUUCAUUUUAAUUCUUUUAUUAUUAUUAUUAUUAUUA